UCAAUUUUAAACUUCUUGGAAAUUUCACAAUGGCGAAAUCCACAUCGCAACAACUUCAGAUUAGAGAAUCGAACAACAAUGUAAAUAAAAAUAUUGUAAUGAAGACGAAAACAAAGCGAACUCGGAGGAGCGUACCGAGAGAUUCGCCUCCUCAACGAAGCUCCAUUUACCGCGGCGUUACUAGGCAUCGAUGGACGGGCAGAUAUGAGGCUCAUUUGUGGGAUAAGAAUUGCUGGAAUGAAUCGCAGAACAAGAAAGGAAGACAAGUUUAUCUUGGUGCAUACGAUGACGAGGAAGCGGCAGCCCAUGCGUACGACCUUGCAGCACUUAAAUACUGGGGCCAAGAAACCAUUCUUAAUUUUCCGCUAUCGACGUACCAAAAAGAGCUGAAGGAAAUGGAGGGACAGUCGAGGGAAGAAUACAUUGGGUCGUUGAGAAGAAAAAGUAGCGGGUUUUCUCGUGGGGUUUCUAAAUACAGAGGCGUUGCUAGGCACCAUCACAAUGGUAGAUGGGAAGCUCGAAUUGGCAGGGUGUUUGGCAAUAAGUAUCUCUAUCUUGGAACAUAUGCGACGCAAGAAGAAGCAGCCACGGCGUACGAUAUCGCAGCCAUAGAAUACCGUGGACUCAACGCCGUCACCAAUUUCGACCUGAGCCGUUACAUUAAGUGGCUAAAACCCUGCAACGACGUCGUUUACGCCAGCGACCACACCCUCAACAUUGACUCUGUCCUCCCAAGCCCUAAACAAGAACUGGACCUAGGGCUCUUCCCGGCGGACCAAAACCAAAGCAGCACCGAUUCGGCGACGGCGGAACCAAUUGCCUUACCUCCAUCCCACAGACCGACCACCACCACCACCACGUCAGCUCUCGGCCUCCUGCUUCAAUCUUCCAAGUUCAAGGAAAUGAUGGAGAUGAAUUCGGCAACGGAGUGUCCGUCGACGCCGACGUCAGCGGAGAAGCUCGAACGGCGACGGUGCUUGUUUCCCGAUGAUGUUCAGACUUUCUUUGCCUGCGAUAGCUCGGGAUCUUACUGCUAUGGAGAAGCGGAUGAUGCAAUUUUUAGCGAUUUCAACUGUUUCGUACCGCCGCCGCCGUCGCAUUACGAUUUUGACGAUUAGAAGAAGGAUAGAAGGAUCGAGGAGAAUAAUUAACGAAGCAUCUGCAAUAUUGAUUUUAGAUUUAGUAAGAGGACUUUUUAACAUCUGCUGAUUAAAAAUAAUUCUUUUAUUUUGACUAAAGAUUCCA